CAACUUUCUCACAAGCUUCGGAAUUAGCCGCAAUUGGACAUCGGACUCGUACCCGUGCCGUUGAGCGGCCCACCCGUUCAAGUACUAUCUUUGCUCAAUGUCGUAUUCAAAUCACUUCCUCUCUGUGCAAGCAGCCGCCUUCGAUAAUGAUUUUGGGCAAUAUGGAGAAAGUCUGGACUGGCUCGCUUCAAUCAUGCACCGGAGUCUAGCCUAUCAAUACCUAUACCCGGAGAUUUGGGGCUGCAAGCAAUUGUUCGUCGAGGAAGAGGUUCUGCGAGACGAAGACAAUCGUAUCAACGUAAAAGUCCCGAAAAUAACUUGGGCUUUCCGUCCCUCUCUAAAUACCCGCGAACGUAUUUUUCAGCGAUUACGGACUCGCCCCUUUAUCCGCAAGGAGUACACACGGGCACUCUCCAACAUUAUUCAGGCCGUAAGGUCGGGUAAUGAGAAUAUAACUGUAGGUGACGAAGAUCAGUCGGAAGAAGGUUUUGGCGAAGAAGAACACGCCGACAGGACAUCGGUAGACCUCCGUGCAAAACGCUUUCGUGAGGAAGGGCCAGAUGUGGAUGACAGAGAAAAGAAAAAGCAGCACCUGCAAGACACCAGAACAUCUUCCGAUGUUGGAGAUGAAAUCAUGACUAUUGACUGCCCCAGCGACGAAGUCCCAGCGAAGUAUCCCAACCCAUUUCUGGAGUACAAAGAGUCGGCACCGAAAGUCAAAGGUUUCAUCAUCACGGGCCAUCCUGGAAUCGGAAAGUCGAUUUUCCUCUAUUACGUCCUUCUCUUGCGAUUGCAAGCGUCCAAGCCGACAAUCUUGGUCACUCAUCCCGAGAAGGUCACGGUAUUCCUACGGCGUGGUGUUUUUUCCAUAUCCAUGGCAGAUUUUGAGGACGUGAUACAAGUCAUUCCCGCCACUGCGUGGUGUCUCGUGGACACCAGCGAGAGUCUGAAAACUGUUCCUGCGGCGAUCUAUAACACGCCCUUUUUUGUCUUGCAAGCAACAGCACCGAAAAGAAAACACCUUGAAUGGCAGAACAAGGUUUUAGGUGUCCACAAGUACAUCAUGAAACCGUUCUCCCUAUCAGAGCUCAUAAUAGGGCGAAAUCGAAGUCUCGACGUCAGUCAAACCCUUUCAGAAAAGUCACUACAAGAAUAUUACCAUCGAUAUACGCCCUCAGCUCGCUUUGCCUAUCAACAUGCAGGCAACCUCGAGAAAUAUGCAACAUUCGUGCGAUGUCUCGUUGGUCGAUUGACUAUUGAUCGUCUGAAAAUGUUGGUUGGGGAGCUCCUUACUGAUGUCAACUCUUGUGGUGAACAAAUCUUAUAUCAUAUACUUACUAUCACAGCCGAAGCUGGGGGACAGCGAAGCGUUCCCAAAGUCGACGUCCCUAGCUAUUAUCUCAGUCAACUCAUGACCGAACAGCUGCAACCUUCACCUGCACACCCCGCAACUGUUGGAGCUACCACCUUGGAAUGCUGCUAGCUCGGCUUCAAGUUGCAGGAGCUGCUGGCUAUGGAAGAUCUUGGCGUGGCUUGAACUGGGCCUCAGUGCUUCGAGUAGAGGCAGUAGAGGCAGUGUGCCUUUUUUGAUUCAUAUGUAGUAAAGAUUCAUUUUUACCGGAGCGCUCGAUGUGUCUAAUUGGUGAAUAAGCAUGCGGUCGCAUAAAAUCAAAAGAGUAGGAUACUUAGCCGAUGUAGGCCGCUGCAAGUACGGCAGGCAUCCUGAGCACUAAGGUAUAAUUAGAAUGGAUACUGGAGAUUUAGUCUUCUUUUCAUGAGUU